AGCUGUUUGGCUUUAGGUCUAGGGAUGUCCAGGCAUUCUAGCACGCCAUGCGGCAGCUAAAACAUCAUGAGCAAAAGCUCUUGAAGAAGGUCAACUUCUAUGACUGGAAGUCAACGAGAAAUGUCAGGGAGUCGUCGAUCUUGAGAAAAUACCAGAUUGAGGAUCGUGAGGACUACACUAAGUAUCAGAAGCUUGCGCUUCUGAUCCAAAAACUGACCUCAGGGCUUCGAAAGCUCAAGUCCUCGGAUGAAGACAGAAUAAAGAUGACCGAGAUCCUGCUUGACAAGAUGUACUCUCUUGGAUUGAUCCAAAACACACAAAGCUUGGAGGACUCGCAUGAGUUGCCUGCAUCAACCUUUUGCAGACGGCGGCUUCCUGUAGUCCUUGUAAGGAUGAAGCUUUGCCAAGACUUGCCGCAAGCCAUCAAGUACAUCAAGCAGGGCGAGAUUCGGAUUGGUCCUGAUGUGGUCACAAAUCCAGCCUUGCAUGUCACCCGCGAGAUGGAGGAUCACAUCACCUGGGCGGAGGGAUCCAAGAUGAGACGGCAAAUCAAGGAGUUCUCCAACGAGGCUGAUGAUUUCGAGCUUCUUGGAAACUGAGUGUUUCGCGACCCGUCUCACCCCCGAGAAAGCAGAUAGUGUGGUGGAAAAAGGCCACACCUGUCC